AUGGCACAUGCCAGAACGAGAAGGUACCAGCGCACGGGCGAGACCUGUAACUCGCCGGAAUCGCGUGGCAAUAGCGGCUGCAAGUUCGACGGGGCGACAAGGGGCGAGAAGAACAGAAUCGAUGGAGGUGGAGAUGCGGAGGAGACGGAGCGUCGUUUGGGCUGGCGCCGUCCGCCGGUGCGAUCAGCCAACUUGCUGAGUCCUUUGCAUGUCCACUUGCAGAAUGAUACAGAGACCGAUCCAGCACAAAACUUCUAUCGUCGUCGUCAUCCAGGAGGAGGAGGAGGAGGAGGAGAAGAGGAGGAGGAGGAGGAGGAGGAGAAGAAGAGGAGGUGA